AUGUCAUAUAAUUCAAACUCCUCGAAACAUCAAGCAGAACUCACGGUGAAUAAAUUAUUCUCAGAUAUACUACAUACCCAUCCCAAACCACAAAAAAACUCCCAUAAAAAUCAACCAUUAUCAACAACUCAAAUAUUAAACAAUCAAAUAAACUCCAAAAACUCCAAAAUAUUCAAAAAAUCAAAUUCAGAAAAGCAAAAACAAAAGAAAAAGGAAGCAAAAGAUAAAAAGUUUCAAAAAUUCAUAAAGUAUAAUAUAAUUAUUCAAAAAAACCCACAAGAUUUAACAAAAGAAGAUAAAAUAUACUUAAAAAAACUAACAAAGAAAAAUAUAUCAAAUUUGAAUAGUUAUAAGAUAGAUGAUUUUGAAAUUGAAAAUGAAAUGGAGAACGUUAAACAAGAUUUAAUUGAUAAUUUACAAUCAAAAAGUGGUAAAAGAUUAAGGAAGAAGAACAUUAGUGCUAAUUCUAAGGAUGAUAAAUUUAUAAAAUUUGAUGAAAAAGUUAAAAAGGGUUUGAUAUCUAUGCCUGGUUUGACACCAGGUUUAGCUCCAGUUGAUUUUGAUGAUGACGAUGAAGAGUCCGAAUAG